CAAGCUCUCUUCACAGAGGAAUCAUAGUACAGGAGUGCAAGACGUUACGCGGCAAAAAGGAGGAACCAGACACGAAGAGACUAGAAGGACUUCAUUUUCUAGAGAAUCAAGAUGCAGACCUUUACGCUCCUCCUGCUGCCCUUGUUGGCGGACUUCCUGUUCGCUGCCUCUGUGAACCCGUCAGCAUCUCGGCCUCCUGUCACGAAAACCCGCAUCCGCUACAUCAGUGUACCUGAUGAAGACUAUGAUGAUGAAAAAACCCCCAAGCCUGUUUCAAAGGGCCCCACCGAGGUCACCACUACUCAGUUUACCCCUCGGGAGUGUGAAUAUGACCCAUGUGUGGUUCCAAAGGUUCCCUGUUCUGAAAUUGCUGCCCAAACUAAGUGCUACUGUCCUGGGAUUACUGGUCCGGAUGAGUUACCUGCAGCUCCAUAUAUCAAGGAGUUGAAACAGGGAGCAUCUGGGCUGGUAGAGGUCCACUGGUGUGCGCCACAAUCCACUGUCUCCUACUACAAAGUUAUCACAGAAGGUGGCCAUGAAGCACAAACGUUCAGCAAUUUUUCCCGUACUGGGUUGGUGCAGGGAGUAAUUGCCGGGUCAAGGGUUUGUGUGGUAGCAGGGAAUAAUGUUGGACUCAGCACUGAAUCCGAAAAGUCAUGUGCUCACUUCGAGCCACGUAAUCAAGUCAUCCCGAUGUCAGGGGUCAUCGCUGGGGGCAUCUUCUGUCUGCUGGCUUUGGUGUUGGCUGUGGUGUUGCUGUGUAGAUGGAAGCGGGGAAGGAAGAAUAGGAGCAUGGAUGGCGAAGGACUACGGAAUCCAUCCUAUACCACAAACGAAAUACUGUGAUUGGAUGGGAGGAACGUUUUGUAAGAGACAGAUAAUUUGACUGAGUAGACUCUUCAGAAGCAUUAAAAUGAAUAUAUGCUAUUAAACAGCACAUCACAAUAACGAGACAGACUUCAUACACAAUGGACAACGCACUAGGAUUUGAAGCCCUACCAGGGGCAAGUUGGACUGCAAAUGAGGACAAGAAAAGUCCUCAUAUAAAGAUAUUGUUGUCUUACCAAACUGUGUUUUUGGACUUGAUGUCUUUAGUUAUCAGGUGAUAGUAGAUGCAAGUAAGGAGACUACUGAAAAAGAUGCACAUCUUAGUUUAAGACCUCAAGAAGAUAGCUUAGACCAGGCGUCUUCAAUCCUAUCCAUUGAGAAGUCCCACCUGAUUCCAAACAGCUCGACUAACUAACUAAUGGUGGUGGUGGCUCCUGUUUGGUUGGAAUGAAAGUCUGGGCAGGUUUGCAGACCCCUGAAUUAGAUAUGGCACCCUCAUAGGAAGACACAACAGGGGCAGACAAAUUAAUGGUCUAGAGGUCUAGGUUUUUUUACAUUUUUAUUCCCAAGUGCUUUGAGAACAGAACACUACAAGUAAUAAAUGAAAUGUUGGCCAAUGGCUUGCUAACUCCUUGCCAUGGUUGCAAUCACAAUGUUCUAUGUUAGGAAUUGAUUCAUUACCAUUAGUCCUCCAUUGAUUCACUUAACUAGCAAUCCAGCUCUGCAUAUAUGUUAUUAUAUUGCAUUAGCUAACACUAUUUAUUCUUAUUAGCUCGGGUUCUUAAAAGCCAACCCAUGGAACUGAGCAUCAGGAGGACCAUGAAUUAAUUUAUGAUUUGUCCGCCCAUGCACAGCUUUCCAAAAUUAUCUUAUCAUGUCAUGCUACAUCAUUCGGAACUGCUCGAAAGAAGGUCUCUGGAAGUUAUAGACAAAUUACCCAGUAGUCUGCCUGAGGAGACAGGUUCAGGACAUGAAGGACAAAUCAACAUGGACUAUUAAAGAGGGAAGAAAAAAAAAGCAGCACAAAUGGUAGAGAAAUAAAAUAACCUAAUGUACCCCAGUGUUAGCAACUGAACACUUAGCAACCAUGCUGAGUGUGAGCGAGUCAACAUGUUACAUAACUUUUACAUUCAUUUUAAAUUAUAGUUUGUGUGUGUGUGUCUGUGUGUGUGUGUGUUGGACAAAUUACUUCCAAUAAAGGUGCUGGAACACCAAGGAGGCCUGGAGCUUCUAUUAGUCUUUAAAAAUAAGGAUUUAUUAAUACGAAUAAUUGUAGUUGCUUGUGAAUACUCAUUCUAAUUCAUGCUUUUUUUGUUAAUAAAUAUAUUUUUUCUGAAAAGAAGGCA